AUGGAAAACAACAUAAUUACUGUCGCUCGUGAAGAACUUGAAGAGCUAAGAGAAGCAUUCAGUAAAAUAGAUAUUGACAACAGUGGGUAUGUCAGUGAUUAUGAACUUCAAGACCUGUUUAAAGAAGCAAGUCUGCCCUUGCCUGGUUACAAAGUCCGGGAGAUUGUAGAAAAAGUCAUUGUGGUGACGGACAGCAACAAGGAUGGGAAAAUCAACUUUGAAGAAUUUGUCUCUAUAAUUCAGGAAUUGAAAAGUAAAGAUGUUAGCAAAUCUUUCCGAAAAUCAAUAAACAAAAAGCAAGGUAUUACAGCAAUUGGAGGUACAUCAGCUAUAUCUAGUGAGGGAACACAGCAUUCUUAUUCAGAGGAAGAAAAAGUUGCUUUUGUUAAUUGGAUAAAUAAAGCUCUACAAGAUGACCCAGACUGUAAGCACCUCCUGCCUAUGAACCCAUCAGAUGCUAGUCUUUUUAAAUCCCUUGCAGAUGGCAUUCUUCUUUGCAAAAUGAUCAACUUUUCACAACCAAAUACAAUUGAUGAAAGGGCUAUUAAUAAGAAGAAACUCACUUCUUUCACUGUUUCUGAAAACCUAAACCUGGCUCUGAACUCAGCAUCUGCUAUUGGCUGUACUGUUGUCAAUAUUGGAUCACAAGAUUUGAAAGAAGGAAAACCACACUUGGUAUUGGGACUCUUAUGGCAGAUCAUUAAAGUUGGUCUGUUUGCUGAUAUUGAGAUCUCCAGAAAUGAAGCUCUUAUUGCCUUGCUGAAUGAAAGGGAAGAGCUAGAUCAGUUAAUGAAGCUUUCCCCAGAAGAGCUCUUGCUACGUUGGGUGAACUACCACAUGGCUAAUGCAGGGUGGCUGAAAAUCAGUAACUUCAGCCAAGACAUUAAGGAUUCAAGAGUGUAUUACCAUCUGUUAAAUCAGAUUGCACCCAAAGGAGAUGACCUUGAUCAGUCACCCAUUAAAAUUGACUUUUCAGGAUUUCAGGAUAAAAAUGACUUGAAGAGGGCUGAACACAUGCUCCAACAGGCAGAUAAAUUGAAUUGCAGGCAGUUUGUAACUCCAGCUGAUGUGGUUGCAGGCAACCCUAAACUCAAUUUGGCUUUUGUUGCAAACCUCUUUAACACAUAUCCAGCCCUACACAAGCCUGAUAAUUCAUCUUACGAUCUCAGUUUAUUAGAAGGAGAAAGUAAGGAAGAAAGGACUUUCAGAAACUGGAUGAACUCCUUGGGUGUAAGCCCUUAUGUUAAUCAUUUAUACAGUGACCUCUCUGAUGCUUUAAUAAUCUUCCAAUUGUAUGACAUGAUUCGUGUGCCGGUUGACUGGAACCACAUCAACAAACCUCCUUAUCCAUUACUUGGUGGCAAUAUGAAAAAGAUUGAGAAUUGCAAUUAUGCAGUAGAACUUGGGAAAGCAAAAGCCAGAUUCUCACUAGUUGGUAUCGCUGGACAUGACCUAAAUGAGGGUAAUCCAACUCUGACUUUGGCUUUGAUAUGGCAGCUGAUGAGAAGGUACACUUUGAAUGUACUGUCAGACCUUGGAGAGGGGGAAAAAGUAAAUGAUGAAAUUAUUAUGAAGUGGGUGAAUCAGUCACUUGCAAAAGCAAAUAAGAAAACUUCAAUUACAAGUUUCAAGGACAAAUCAAUUAGCACUAGUUUGCCUGUACUAGAUUUAAUAGAUGCGAUUGCACCAAAAGCAGUUCGUCCAGAAAUGGUCAAGAGAGAAGAUCUUUCUUAUGAAGAUAAAUUGAAUAACGCUAAAUAUGCUAUUUCAGUUGCUCGGAAAAUUGGUGCUCGUAUAUAUGCUCUCCCAGAUGACCUGGUUGAAGUGAAGCCAAAAAUGGUGAUGACAGUGUUUGCAUGUUUGAUGGGAAGAGGACUGAACAAAAUCAAGUAA